CCCACGCUUCUCCAUUCCAUCCACGCCCGAGCUCCCACUCCUCCCAUCGUUCCGGAAUCCCCACGCGCGCCGCCGAUCGAUCGAUCGAGCUCCUCUCCCUCCUUCCUAUCGCCAGGUCGAUCCCGCCAUCUGAGGGCUUCCUCUCCGUGCUGUUACGAUCGAUGCAUUGAGCUCCUGACCAGCCAAGGUAACAGGUUUCUACCACCUUACAAAAUAGAGCCAUUUGCUGAAAUGGGGGGUGUAGUCGGAAAGGGAGACACCCCAAGGCACAGUUCAGCAGCAACAAAGUUAGAACAAAAGAUGGUUGAGGCCAUGCAGCAGAGGGCACAGGAAGGGACUUCUCUGAGAUCAUUCAAUAGUGUCAUUAUGAAGUUCCCUAAAAUUGAUGAGAGUUUGAGGAACUGCAGGAUUAUUUUUCAGCAAUUUGAUGAAGAUUCAAAUGGUGAAAUAGAUCAACUGGAACUGAAGCAUUGUUUCCAAAAGCUGGAUAUCUCAUUCACAGAUGAGGAGAUAAAAGAUCUAUUUGAGGCGUGUGACAUUUAUGAACAUAUGGGCAUGAAGUUUAAUGAGUUCAUUGUCUUCCUGUGCCUUGUUUAUCUUCUCAAUGAUCCAGCUGUGUCGAAGCAAAAAAGAAUGGGACUCGGUAACCUUGAGCCUACGUUUGAGACACUGGUUGACGCAUUUGUCUUCUUGGAUAAGAACAAAGAUGGAUAUGUCAGUAAGAGUGAGGUGAUAGAAGCGAUCAAUGAGACCUCUGCAGGAGAGCGUUCUUCUGGGCGCAUAGGCGUGAAAAGAUUUGAGGAAAUGGAUUGGGACAAGAACGGAACUGUAACCUUCAAGGAGUUUCUCUUUGCUUUUACUCGCUGGGUCGGGCUUGACGAGAAUGAAGAUGAUGACGACGAUGAUGAAUGAGCGCAACUGAAGAUUAGCCAUUCUGCAUAGCCCAAGUCAGCCUCAGUAGGCCUCCAACAGCUUUCCUGCCAAGAUAAUGAAAGAAUAGUUUAAAAUGUUCAUUGGUGUCUUGCCAAUUAUGCCUAUUUUUAGAGCGCCAGUUAUGUCUGUUUAUGUUCUUGUUAAUAGAAUGGACCAAAGUUGUUGACAGAAUUUUGCGAUAAAAGAUUGCUUUGGUAA